CAACAACAACAACAACAACAACAAAAUGGUUUAAUAGUUCAUUCCAAUUAUCAUAAUCAUAAUGAAUGAUACAUUAAAACUAUUCAUUAUCACUUUAAUAUGGUCCCAGUUAACAUUAAGUCAAUUGAAUUAUUGUUUAAAACCUAUUGGAUGUUAUCAUGAUGAAUGUUGUUUUAAUAUUAUACCAAAAACUGGACCAAUAUGUGAUCCGAUCCCUGGAUGUGUUGCUAAUUUUCAACCAGAUUGUUGUAAAAAUAGUCGAUCUAUACAUACAGAUUAUGGUAUUAUGUAUGGUUAUGCUAUUUCAUUGGAUAAUGAAUAUGGAUAUCAAGAGAAUGGGAAACGUUAUAUUCAGAUAUGGAAAGGAAUACCAUAUGCAAAACCACCAACACAAAAGAAUAAUUUAAGAUUUCAUCGACCUAUUCCACCAAUUCAUUCUAAUGAAAAAUAUGAUGCAACUUAUUUUCGAUCAUCAUGUUCUCAACCAAAUUUCAAUACAUUUAAUGAAUGGUCAAAAUAUUCCUAUGAAUGGUAUAAACAUUUUACAUUAGGACAAAGGAAUCAAGAAGGAUUCAAUGAUCAUGAAGAUUGUCUUUAUUUAAAUAUUUAUAAUUUAUAUGAAACAGAUAUUGGUUUAAAUUAUAAUAAUAAUAAUAAACAAUAUCCAAUUAUUGUAUUCUUUCAUGGUAUUGAUCAUUUAAUUGGAUCAGCAAAUUAUUAUCCUGGACAUGUUUUAGCCCAAUUAGGUUUAGUUGUGAUUACAGUAAAUUAUCGAUUAGGUCCAUUUGGUUAUUUAGCUAUAAAUAAAUCAUAUUUACAAAAGAAUAUUCAUAUGAAUGAUAUUAGUGAUCAUGAUGUUGAUGUUGAUGUAGAUGUCGAUGUUGAUGAUGAUAAUGAUGAGGAAAUAUUAAUGGGAAAUUAUGGAUUAUGGGAUCAAAUUAGAGCAUUGGAAUUUAUUCAUGAACAUGCUGAUAAAUUUCAAGGUGAUCGUAAUCAAAUCACUGUAAUUGGUUAUGGUUCAGCUGCUGCUGAUGUUGCACUACAUUUAUUGUCAGAAAAAUCAGGUCGUAGAAAUCCACCAUUAUUUCAUCGUGUUAUUCUUAUGUCCGGAUCUGAUCAAAUGGAAGGUGGUUUUGUUCAAAAUAUCAACGAAUCGGAGGCAUAUGCUAAACAGUUGGCUUAUCAGGUUGGUUGUGAUGUUUCUUCAAGACGUUCAAUGAUAAAUUGUUUACGAUCUCGGACAUCUACGGAAAUAUCAAAUGCAGCAGCCAAAACAAGGAUUCAUCGACCUAAUUGGUUAACAAAACCAUGGGCCCCAACUUUAGAUUAUGAUUUUAUCAUGAAUACACCAAAAUACUUAUGGAAUAAUGGUCUUUAUGCUCAUAUACCACUUAUUGGUGGCCUGGUUGUAGAUGAUGGUGUUUUUCAUGCAUUAGCAUCAAUUUAUCGUUUGGAUGUUCCACUUACUUGGAAUUUAAUAAACAGUACACAAGAUAGCGCUUUCGAUUCCCACGAAUUAUUGAAUCCAAAUACUGAAUUUUCUGGUAUGUCAAUUGAUUUAAUGCGUUCAGGUUUCAUGGAAAUGGUGAAAAAUGAUUUUGCACUGGAUCCUGUUGGUAUUACAAAUUCAUUACUUUUUCAAUAUACAUACUGGCCGGAUAAAGAAAAUGCAUUUUCACGAUGGGAAAUGUAUCGUUCUGCUUGGACAGAUCGUUUCAUAGGUUCUGGACUAAUUCAAACACUUCAAUAUCAUUCAAACCCAAAAUUUGCUAAAAAGAAAUUAGAAUCAAUAACCAAUCAAUCUUUACCAAUUAAUCAUACUCAAAUGUAUAUUUUUGGUUAUAAAUCAAAGAAUGAUUUAUGGAGUAAAAUUAUUGGUGUUUAUCCUGGUUCAGAAUUACAAUAUAUAUUUGGAUUACCUUUAUUACAAUUAUAUAAGACAAUGGAAGAAAUAAAUGAACAAUGGCCAAUUGAUUUAAGUAUUAAACCACCACGUUAUCAAUAUACCAAUCUUGAUAUUCAAAUAAGUAGUUAUAUGUUAUCAUUUAUAUUGAAUUUUGCAAAAACUUCAAAUGCUACACCACAAUCAAUUCGUAAUUUAACAUGGGAUACUUAUCGUAUUGAAAAUAGAACAUAUUUAUGGUUAAAUUUAAUUGAUAAUAUUACAUUAUCGGAAAGUCAUCGUCCAAAUUUAGAAUUAAAAGGAAUUGGUGCUGAUUUUGAUUUAAGACAAAAUUAUCGAUUAAAUACAUAUUUAUAUUGGACUUAUUUUUAUUAUAAACAACUUCAAUGGUUACCAAGAUAUCCAUUACCAACACCGAUACCAAUUGAUUUAGAAGAUUAUCGUUUAGCUGCAUUUUCUUUAGCUGGUUUAUUGUUUAUUCUAUGUAUUAUUAUUAUGUUAUUAUUAAUUGUAUAUUGUAGAAGAAGAAAAUUGUUAAUAUCUUAA